GAGAGCGUGACCGCGUGACCGGCUUGGCGCGGAGUUCCUCGGGUUGCUGCGGGGCCGCCGAGGUAGGAUCGCCGCGGGAGCCGGAGCAGCGCCAUGUCGUCGCCCGCCUCUACGCCCAGCCGCCGCCGCGGCAAGCGCGGCCGGGGCAGCAACCCCCCGACCCCGCGCGCGGAGGACGCCCGCUCCCCGCCUUCGCAGAAGCGGCGAACAGAUGACUCCACUUCCACGGGCGACCUGCAGCCCAUGCCGACCUCUCCAGCCGCGGACCUGCAGAGCCCGACCGCCCAGGACGCGCUGUUCUCCAGCCCUCCGCAGUUCCGCCACCCAGCUAUUCCUCUCGACUUUGACAUCAGUUCACCUCUGACUUACGGGACACCCAGCUCCAGGGUAGAAGGUACUCCACGAAGUGGUGUACGAGGAACUCCAGUUAGGCAGAGGCCUGAUCUUGGGUCUGUCCGCAAAGCCAGACAAGUUGAUUUACACUCAGAUGGGCCAGCUGAGGAUGUAGUGGCAAGUGAGCAAUCUCUUGGACAAAAACUUGUUAUUUGGGGAACAGAUGUUAAUGUAGCUUCGUGCAAAGAAAAGUUCCAGAGAUUUCUUCAGCGUUUCAUUGACCCAGUAGCUAAAGAGGAUGAAGACAUUGGCUUGGAUCUUAAUGAGCCACGCUAUAUGCAACGACUUGAAGAGAUUAAUAUGGUUGGGGAGCCAUUUCUGAAUGUAAAUUGUGACCAUCUAAGGUCAUUUGAUGAAAAUCUUUAUAGGCAACUGAUCUGCUAUCCUCAGGAAGUUAUCCCUACAUUUGACAUGGCUGCCAAUGAGAUCUUUUUUGAUCGUUACCCAGAUUCAAUAUUAGAACAUCAAAUUCAAGUAAGGCCAUAUAAUGCACUGAAGACUAGAAAUAUGAGAAGUCUAAAUCCUGAAGAUAUUGAUCAACUUAUCACCAUCAGUGGUAUGGUAAUCAGAAGCUCCCAGUUAAUUCCAGAGAUGCAGGAAGCGUUUUUUAAGUGCCAGGUCUGCGCUUUCACCACAAGAGUAGAAAUUGAUCGUGGCAGAAUUGCUGAACCAUCAGUAUGCAAGAACUGUAACACAACACACAGUAUGGCAUUGAUUCACAAUCGAUCCAUGUUUUCUGAUAAACAGAUGAUCAAACUGCAGGAGUCUCCUGAAGAUAUGCCAGCUGGACAGACCCCUCAUACUGUUGCCCUGUUUGCUCAUAAUGACCUUGUUGAUAAAGUUCAACCAGGUGACAGAGUUAAUGUUACAGGUAUCUACAGGGCAGUCCCCAUUCGAAUUAAUUCAAGAGUCAGCAAUGUAAAAUCUGUCUAUAAGACCCACAUCGAUGUCAUACACUAUCGUAAAACUGAUGCAAAACGCCUGCAUGGUGUUGAUGAAGAAACAGAACAAAAAAUGUUUGCAGAGGAACGUGUGGAAAUGCUAAAAGAGCUUUCUAGAAAACCAGAUAUAUAUGAAAGACUUUCUUCAGCAUUGGCACCAAGUAUCUAUGAGCAUGAAGAUAUCAAAAAGGGUAUUCUGCUUCAGCUUUUCGGGGGAUCAAGAAAGGAUUUCAGUCACACAGGAAGAGGCAACUUUCGAGCUGAGAUCAACAUUCUUCUAUGUGGUGAUCCUGGUACAAGUAAAUCACAGCUGCUCCAGUAUGUGUAUAACCUUGUUCCUAGAGGCCAAUAUACAUCUGGAAAAGGCUCAAGUGCAGUUGGUCUUACUGCAUAUGUGAUGAAGGAUCCAGAAACACGGCAACUGGUUCUUCAGACAGGUGCUUUAGUACUUAGUGACAAUGGCAUUUGCUGCAUUGAUGAGUUUGAUAAAAUGAAUGAAAGUACAAGAUCAGUACUACAUGAAGUAAUGGAACAACAGACUCUCUCCAUUGCAAAGGCUGGAAUUAUCUGCCAACUGAAUGCUCGUACAUCUAUCCUAGCAGCUGCUAACCCUAUAGAAUCACAAUGGAAUCCCAAAAAAACUACUAUUGAAAACAUCCAGCUUCCACAUACAUUAUUAUCAAGAUUUGACUUGAUCUUCUUAAUGUUGGAUCCACGUGAUGAAGCUUAUGACAGACGUCUUGCUCGCCAUUUGGUUUCUUUGUACUAUCAAAGUGAGGAAAAGAUGGAGGAGGAAUACAUGGAUAUGGCAGUAUUGAGGGAUUAUAUUGCGUAUGCUCGUACUUAUGUAAAUCCCAGAUUAAGUGAAGAAGCGAGCCAAGCCCUUAUUGAGGCGUAUGUGGAUAUGAGGAAAAUUGGUAGUGGCAGGGGAAUGGUUUCUGCAUAUCCUCGACAACUUGAGUCUCUGAUCCGUCUGGCAGAAGCGCAUGCUAAAAUACGAUUUUCAGGUAAAGUUGAAACCAUUGAUGUGGAAGAAGCAAAACGCCUCCAUCGGGAAGCUCUGAAACAGUCUGCCACUGAUCCAAGGACAGGAAUUGUGGAUGUGUCCAUUCUCACUACAGGAAUGAGUGCAACAGCUCGGAAGCGGAAAGAGGAGCUGGCUCAAGCCUUGAGGAAGCUUAUCCAGUCAAAGGGCAAAACACCAGCUUUAAAAUACCAACAGCUGUUUGACGAUCUCCGAGCACAGUCUGACACAGCUAUCACUAAAGAAAUGUUUGAAGAAGCACUUCGUGCCUUGGCUGAUGACGACUUCUUGACUGUGACUGGAAAGACUGUUAGAUUGCUGUAAGUUAGCCUUUUGUUACAAGUCAGCUGUCAUGGUUUUACUUCGCUUUACUACUUACAACAUUACUGACCUGCAAGAUCUUCCAGAUUUGGGACUCUCAUUUCCUAUGACAAGAAUAAUGACCAUUUAAGUGGCACUUCUAUCAGCAUAGUUGAUUAUGAAGGACCUAAAUAAGCUUAGCUGAAUAAGGCUAUUUACAUUUGAGCUAAAUGUAUUACUAACAUGUUACUGCCACAAUUUUUUAAUGAAUUUUUUUAGAACAUCCAAACAACAGGUAUGUAUUCAAACUGAAUUGUAAAAAUUCAUCUUAUAUGACUUAUUUGGUAAAUGUAAUUUGUUAGUAUUGCUUUAAAACCUGAAAUAA